GUUUGUGGCUUGUCCGCUGCUAUAUUGGUGUUCUGUGCUUGUGGAUCUAUAAAAGCGUUCAAAAAGUUCAAUUCAUCCAUUUUGUAUUUGUUCUAUAGUAUUUUAAAUCUAUAGUAUUUUACUAUAUAUUACAUUUGAAUAUCACAUUCACUUUUAAUUAUAUUUCAACUUAAUUUCUACUGUUUCUCUUGUAACUUGGUUACAAAUGGCUAAUCGGAGACCUCAGAAUGGCGGUCGUCGCAUGGACUUCGGGCGUAAUGACCGUGGCAAGAACUUUGGCCGAAACAGCGGCGUCUCCCCUUGGCAAGGCGGAGGUCCGGGGGGCGGUCUUCCAAACUUACUGCCUCUCGCCGGGGGCUCCACAGAAGCCACCCUCGCUUUGGCCAGCAACAUCAUUAACCUCCUCCAACCCCGUCAAAACCCUGUCCCAUCACUACUAGAUAUGCCCAUAAGACGUGACUUUAGCCCCAAUAUGGGUCGGUAUGAUCGUGGUUAUGGUCCGAAUAGGAUGGGCAAUCAGGGUAAUUUCCGGCGUACGGGAAAUUACAAUCGUGCUGGUGAGCGUAUCAACACCAAUCGUAAACCAUUCAGGCCCAAUGAUGGGCAAAGGCAACAAAACAAGAGCUCCCCGAAAAAGGAUGCCGAUUCUAAGGCUAAACCUGUCAAGGAGAGCAGUGAACAAGAAGAUCAGGCUGAGGGGACCAGCAAUGAGCAGCCUGAGAUUAAGGAAGAAGACACCAAGAAGGAUGUGCCUAAAACUCGAUAUGAUGAAAUUAAUCCUCAAUUGCUGAAGUGUCAUAUUUGUAACAAGAGUAUGUGGGAUGGAAGAUCAUUUGAGAACCAUCUGAGUGGAAGGGCUCAUGCUAUUAUGAUGCAGAAGACAGCUGAAAGUUAUGCGCUGACUGCAGACACUAUGAGGCAGGAGUUCAAGAUACGUGAUAUGAAACGUACACGCAAGUCAGGCCAACAUCAAGCUCGUGACUUCUACUGUGCUAUGUGCGAUAUGUAUGCUGCGGAUGGUGCUAUACAUCGCACCACCGUUGGACAUCGUAAACUGAAGAAGUACCUUCACCCAACCUGCACAUCCUGCCACAAGGAGAUGCCGACCCGUUUGGAACUUGAUGAGCACCGGCUAACUGCAGAACAUCUGAAAAACAUGCAAGAUAAGCAGGAGAUCAUGUCUAAACCCAAACCUGAGGUAAUGGUGAUAUCGACACUAUCAAUGGAGCAAUCGUACUUGCGUGAUGACCGCCAGCGCUGGCGUCGCGGCGACGGGCCCUCCGACGACAAGCAAAUUAAGAAAAUUGAAGAGAACAAGAAUGGAGAGAACCAAGAGGUCACCGAAGCCAAUAAAGAUGCAACAGAAGGGGAGCAGAUCGCCCUAUUGGUGCCAAAACAGGAGAACCUGGAUGCUGAGAAUACUAUCCUGGAUUAUAAUGACGGCGAUGAUCUGAGCAAUGCAACUGUAGACAUGUUCCCGGCUUACAGCACGGACCGCGGAGUGGGCCGCUCCUUCCUGACAGAGUUCCGAUGCGUUCAGUGUCGGCUGUGCCGGAAAUUGCUCGACAGUCAGGAAACGGCCGACGUACACCUGCGUACCUGGCGACACCACCAGCUCUUCCUGCGUCUGCUCACUGACAAGUCUGGUAAUCAGCAAACCCAGGAAAGGUUCAAGAGACCGCUGAACUGUGAGGAGUCUGGAAACUGGAAACGGCGCAAGACGACCCCCGACCACGAUGAGCAGAAUGAGGAUGAUAUUGAGAAUGGGCAUGAGAAUGUGACUAUAAAAGCGGAACCACAGAGCACUGUCGAGGCCGAUGUACCGCCUCCUGAAGAUUUGGAAGACUGGGAGCGCUCUAUUGACGAGAUACUUACUGAUGAGCAAAAUGCUUCCGAAAACGACGUAAACAAAGUCAAGGUUUCUGAGGGAGAACAAGAAGCAGAAUCGGAAAAGGUAGAAGAGGUAGCAAAGGAGUCUUCUCCCGCGCCCGAUACCCCAGCACCCACGACCGGAACAAGGAACUCACCGCGUAGUGGUCGCGGUAGGGGCAGAGGCCGCCCUCGUGGUCGCUACUAAUUGCACAAACCACAAACACUCUAAUCCACUUUGUCACUAUUUAUUGUAUGACCUUUAAAAAGGUAAAAGGAUAAUGCUUAUUUCCCAAACAGCCAUGCUUGACUUAGUAUAAUUCCAUGCUAAGAAAUGUAUUAUUAAUAAAAAUUACUAAAUAACAAUCCAUUUGACCUAUUGCAAGUAUUUUAGCUGUCUUUCAUAUUACUAGUUCAAGCUUCAAUAGGCUCAUCGCAAGUAGCAUGUUCAUUCAUAAGAAGGUUAAUAUCUACUUUAAUAGAUAUAUUUCUCUCAUUUCAAUUUGUAUGGCUAGUGGAGUCAAAUGUAGUUAGCACUAUUAAAGUCCCUAUACUUGUAGGUAUAUAUAGAGUACUUAUUGUUCUACAUUAUUGUUUGUUACAUAAUAAGUUUUACCUUUACUGAAGGUAUAAUGUAUAAGAAUAUAUUAGUUUCUGUGUGAACAAAGUGAAUUACAUUGUGGUGUAUCAGUUUCUCAGUUGAAACUGGUUCAAUUUACAAAUUGUUUAAUCAAAUAAAUGUAAUAAAUUCAAUACUGAAUCAUAAUAAAAAAAAAAAAUAAUGCUGUGUUUUAAUUAUAUUAAUAAUAAAAAAAAUAUAUUUUAAAGGCAAUACAAAUCCUUAUCCAGCCGUAAUAUGCUGUCAUAAACAAUGAUUUAUUUUUGCUUUUUCAGUAGAAUAAAAUGUAUAUGUCUAUUACUAAAGUGCUUAUUUAAAUUUUAUUUGAAUAAAGAAUAAUCUGAACUUGUAAAUUUAUAAAAACCUCAAUUUGCCGAAUAUGUACUAAACAAGUGGAUUCUAUAAAUGUCGAUAGGGUUAUACUGUAGGUACACUCAAAAUAGAAUAUAUACACAAAUAUUGAUAAAUAUUUUGUGAUUCAUCAUUACUAUAAAUCUUAUAUAUAUA